CCAGGUCCUGAAUGGAGUACAGGGUUGUUUCCCAGAUGGCAACGCAGUUUGUUCAGUGUCAGGAUUUGGGCUUUAUCAGUCAUUUGAUGGAAGGUCCUUCAGUGUUCAAGGAGACUGCGAGUAUAGGUUGGUUGAAGCAGUUCAGGUUCAGGAUGUAAAGAGCUCCUUCAGUGUCUUAAUCAAACAACAGUCCUCUGAGAUGGUCUUCACUCGAAGAGUUGAAAUACAGUUACAGCAAUCCACAAUUACUUUGCUGCCCGGCCACAUCUGGGAGGUUCAGGUUGACAAAGUUAAAACCAAUCUUCCUGUCACUGUGGGUGAAGGACUUAUACAAAUCUAUCAGAGUGGUAUUAACAUUGUUGUGGAAACAGACUUUGGAUUGAAACUGACAUAUGAUACAGUCUCCGUGGCCAAAAUCGUGAUCCCAUCCACUUUUAAAAAUGCAGUUAAAGGUCUCUGUGGAAACUACAAUGGAAACAGUGCAGAUGAUUUUCUCCUUCCAGGUGGUAUUCAGGCAUCUUCUGAGGUAGAGUUUGCUGAAGCCUGGGUUUCGCCAUCAGAUAAAAUGAUGUGCCAAACAGGCUGUGGAGCUAACUGUUUAAAGCCUGACAAAGACAAACAGACCACAGCAGAGACCGCUUGCAGUUUGUUAAUCACAGAGAAGGGACCGUUUUCUAGCUGUUAUGAUAAAAUUUCACCACAGAAAUAUUUCGAUGAUUGUGUCAAAGAUGUGGCACAAGCAACAGACAAGACAGCUCAUUGUCGCCACAUACAAAACUAUGUUGCCAGCUGUCAAGAGAUUGGAACGUCAAUCAACAUUUGGAGGAACACAACCUUUUGUCCACUGACAUGUUUCAAAAACAGCCACUAUGAACUCUGUACCGACACCUGUUCAUCUACCUGUGCAAGCCUGACAAAGUCACAGAGAUGCCCGUUGUGUCAGGAAGGUUGUCAGUGUGACGAUGGUUUCUUGUUUGAUGGAGGUGAAUGUAAGGCUUUGCAGGAUUGUGGGUGUCAUGUAGAUGGAAUAUAUUACAAGUCUGGUGAAGCAGUUGUUCUGGGAGAGUGUGAAGUGACAUGCACCUGCACAGCUGGAGUGUUUACCUGUGUACCUAUGGAAUGCAAAAAAGAGGAGAUUUGUGACAAAAAAGAUGGUGCCGUUGGAUGCUACAGCAAAAAAACAUACUGUCCAGUCAACAUGCACUAUGAGGCCUGCGGCACAGCCUGUGCUGCCACUUGUGCUAAUCGAGAUGGUCCAGAAAAGUGUGCACUGCCAUGUGUGGAGGGCUGCCAGUGCAAUGCAGGUUUUGUUCGCAGUGGCGAUGAGUGCAUACCUGUGAAACAGUGUGGCUGUGCUUACAAAGGCCAAUAUUAUCUUCCUGGUCAAACUUUUUGGGGUGAAAAACAAUGCACAGAGAAAUGUGUGUGCAACCCUCAAACAGGAAAUGUUGAAUGCGCACCUGCAAAGUGUAUGAAUUCCCUGGUGUGUGGAGUACGAAAUGGAGUGAAGGAUUGUUACCCAUUGUCAUAUAGUAUCUGCCAGGGUGCAGGAGAUCCACACUACCGCACAUUUGAUGGCAAGGCAUUUGACUUCCAAGGAACCUGCACAUAUUAUUUGUCCAAACUACUGAACACAGCUGACACGACCCUGAUACCCUUUGAAGUUUUGGUCAAGAAUGAGAACAGAGGAAGGAACAUGGCAGUUGCUUACACUAAGAGUGUAUCAUUAACAGUUUAUGGAUACACAAUUGUCUUAACUAAGGAAAGCCCAGGCAAAGUGAAGGUCAACGAUCUGUUUGUUAAAUUGCCAUUUGAACUGGAAGAUGGUCGACUCUCAAUAUUCUACAGUGGGUAUUUUGGCAUGAUAAAAACUGACUUUGGUCUGACGUUGAAAUUCAAUUGGGACAGCCAUGUAGCAUUGACUCUCCCCAGCACUUACUACAGUGUCGUGGGAGGGCUUUGCGGCAACUGGAACGACAAUAUCAAUGAUGAUUUUCUUACUCCAAACAACACUCUUGCUGCAACUGCAUCCAUUUUUGGAACCAGCUGGAAAGUCAAGGAUGAUCCUGGAUGUUCAGAUGGAUGUCAGGGAAAAGCAUGUCCUAAAUGUGAUGUUGCAGAGAGAAAUAAAGACACUUUUACAAAGCCUUGCAGCAAGAUCACUGACAAACAGGGACCUUUUAAAGGCUGCCACAGUAAAGUGAAUCCAAAUCAGUUUUAUGAGGAUUGUGUGUAUGAUAUGUGCAUGUACGGUGGCCAUUCAUCAGCCCUCUGUAGUGCUCUUACUGCAUACACAGCUGCUUGCCAACAUGCACUGGGUGCAGUGGAGUCCUGGAGGACAGACAGCUUUUGCCCUACAACCUGUAAGUCACACAGCCACUAUGAGGUUUGUGCAGCAGGAUGUCCACAGACCUGCAGUGGCCUUACAGAGCCCAAGAGCUGUAAGGGCACUCCCUGCGCUGAAGGCUGCACAUGUGACAAGGGCUUUGUCCUUAGCGAUGGUGAGUGUGUGGCUGCACAGCAAUGUGGCUGUACUUACAAGGCCCAGUACUACCAGUUGGGUCAAGUGUUCUUCCCUCAAGACAAGUGUCUCCAGAGAUGCACCUGCAAAGAGAAUGGAAAAGUUCAGUGUGAUGAUGGAUUCACCUGCAAACCCAAUGAAAAGUGCCAGGUCCUGAAUGGAGUACAGGGUUGUUUCCCAGAUGGCAAAGCAGUUUGUUCAGUGUCAGGAUUUGGGCUUUAUCAGUCAUUUGAUGGAAGGUCCUUCAGUGUUCAAGGAGACUGCGAGUAUAGGUUGGUUGAAGCAGUUCAGGUUCAGGAUGUAAAGAGCUCCUUCAGUGUCUUAAUCAAACAACAGUCCUCUGAGAUGGUCUUCACUCGAAGAGUUGAAAUACAGUUACAGCAAUCCACAAUUACUUUGCUGCCCGGCCACAUCUGGGAGGUUCAGGUUGACAAAGUUAAAACCAAUCUUCCUGUCACUGUGGGUGAAGGACUUAUACAAGUCUAUCAGAGUGGUAUUAACAUUGUUGUGGAAACAGACUUUGGAUUGAAACUGACAUAUGAUACAGUCUCCGUGGCCAAAAUUGAGAUCCCAUCUUCUUUUAAAAAUGCAGUCAAAGGUCUCUGUGGAAACUACAAUGGAAACAGUGCAGAUGAUUUUCUCCUACCUGAUGGUAUUCAGACAUCUUCUGUAGAAUACUUUGCUGAAGCCUGGGUUUCGCCAUCAGAUAAAAUGAUGUGCCAAACAGGCUGUGGAGCUAACUGUUUAAAGCCUGACAAAGACAAACAGACCACAGCAGAGACCGCUUGUAGUUUGUUAAUCACAGAGAAGGGACCGUUUUCUAGCUGUUAUGAUAAAAUUUCACCACAGAAAUAUUUCGAUGAUUGUGUCAAAGAUGUGGCACAAGCAACAGACAAGACAGCUCAUUGUCGCCACAUACAAAACUAUGUUGCCAGCUGUCAAGAGAUUGGAACGUCAAUCAACAUUUGGAGGAACACAACCUUCUGUCCAAUCACGUGUUUGGCAAACAGUCACUAUGAGCUUUGUACCGACACCUGUUCUUCAACUUGUGCUAGCCUGACAAACUCACAGAAAUGUCCACCAUGUCAGGAGGGAUGUCAAUGUGAAGAUGGCUUCUUGUUUGAUGGAGGUGAAUGCAAGGUUUUCCAGGACUGUGGUUGUCAAGUAGAUGGAAGGUUUUACAAAUCUGGUGAGACAGUCAUUCGGGGAGAGUGUGAGGAGACAUGCCUCUGCAAAGCUGGAGUAUUCACCUGUGAGCCCUUGAAAUGUGAUGCUGAUCAGAUCUGUGACAAUAUAGAAGGCAUCACCGGAUGCUACAAGAAAGAUCCUUGCAGUAAACAACAGUGCCGUGAACAAGAGUACUGCACUGUGAAGGAUAACAAGGCACUCUGCAUCGCAAAGUCAAAAGCCUCUUGCAUUGCCAAGGGAGAUCCUCAUUACAAAACCUUUGAUGGAAAUCACUUCUCCUUUCAGGGAACUUGCACCUAUACAUUAGUUAAAACUUCUGGAAAUGACCAAACACUUACACCAUUCAGCAUCAUCAACAAAAAUGAGUUUACCAAAGGCACCCGCGGUUCUUUUGUCAAGUCAGCCACCAUUACAGUCAGAGGACAUGACAUCACUUUCAUCCAAGGCAACCGCAAUCAUGUGACAGUUGAUGGCACAGUUUCACACCUUCCAGUGAACUUGAAUACUGAAGGGAUGAGCAUAAUUCUGUCAGGCAAUGUAGGAGUUCUUCAAACAGAUUUUGGCUUGGAGGUCAUGUUUAAUUGGGCAGAUACCAUUAUGGUGACAUUGUCCAGUAGCUACUAUAAUAAUGUAGUUGGAAUGUGUGGAACCUACAGUAACAAACUGGACGAUGAUUAUAUCGCAGCCAAUGGUAACAGAAUUACUGACAUCACAGAAUGGGCGACGUCUUGGAGUGUCCCUGAAACCAACAGCAACUGCUGGCACUUCCCCCCUUGCUCAGAUGAAAAGAAGCUGCUCUAUAGUGGACAAAGCUACUGUGGUUUGAUAGAGAAUGUAACAGGCCCAUUUGCCCAGUGCCAUGACAUUAUAUCAAAGAGGCGAUUCGCUGCUGACUGCCUUUUCCAAAUGUGUCUCAAUGAAGGCAGUCAGAAUGCUUUAUGUAAUGCCUUCAAUAAUUAUGUGUCGACCUGUGCGCUGGUAAAUGCUGAUGUGUCUCCAGAGUGGAAAAAGCUUGCUAAUUGCUGAUGAAUCUUUUUUUCUUCACCUGGCUGCUUACAUUGCAAAAAUCAGUGAAAAUGAUUAUGAGUUAAUAAAUAAAAUUUGGUUGUGAAUUCAAAAUGAAUGUAUUCACUCACGAUAUGUCUUGAUUUUGUCAUUACAUAUGCGAUGUGAUGUUUAAAAUGCAUUUAAGUCUUGUUUUUUUCUUAAAGAAAUACGUGAAUGCCAGCUUGUCCUGUCCAGAAAUCAGUCAAUAAUUAAUCUUGGGUAAAAUCGAUUUGUUUCAAAAGUAGAUGUAUUCUUUCAAAUGCCUUAUUACAUAUUAAAUUCUUGCAUCAUUUA